AUGGCCUCAAAUACCAAGCCAGCAAAGGAAAGCCCUCUCUCCUUUAUGGAGAAGUUGUCGCCAGAGGUCUUUCUCUACCGUCCGUCAUCGUCUACCGAUUCCGGGGAUCCCGCUCAUCCAAAGCUCAUCAUCGUCGCGAGCUGGACCAAUGCAUUGGAUGGCCACAUUGCCAAAUACAUCGAAAAGUACAAGAUUAUCUACCCCUCGUCUCCUAUCGUCCUCGUCAAGAGCACAAGCAAGAUUCUUUUCAACCCUCCACUUCUCAGAAAGGCUAUCGAACCAAUGGUCCCUGCCGUCAAGGCAUGCCUACCAGCCGACGCGUCCUCAUCACCAAGCCCGAGCCUUCUCAUCCAUAUGCUCUCCAACGGCGGCUCUUCCAGCAUCUCAAACCUCUACGACGCGUAUGCUGCAUCGGUCGGCGAGAAUGAGGACCCUCAUCUUCCCCCACACGUCACCAUCUGUGAUUCAUGCCCCGGUUGGGAGUCAGUGGGCGGUCUGGUUGCUUUUUUGCAAGUCGGUCUCUCCGGCGUGUUGCGCCUCGUAGCAACACCUUUCAUGUACCUCGUCGGUGUCGUUUGGGUAUCAGCAAUCACGGUCGGAUUGGCCAAGGAUUGGAUUACUGUCUGGCGCAAGACGCACAACGACAAGGAGAACAAGAAUCCAUACGAGAUACGUCGGACCUACAUCUACAGCGAGAAAGAUACUAUGAUCGACUACAAGGCGAUCGAGUCGCAUGCAGAUGAAGCAGAGAAAGUAUGUUUUCAGGUCAGGCGAGAGAAGUUUGAUGGUUCGUCUCAUGUGGCUCACUCUAGACACGACGAGGCGAGGUACUGGGGUGCUGUUACACAAACUUGGGAGGGAAGAUGA